CAGCAGCCGCCCGAGCUUGGUAGGGAGCUCGCUCGAGACCCCGCGAGCGCCAGAUUCCCGGGGAACAGCCACCUGCAGCAGCAGCACCCUCUCCAGCCUCUACCGCCGCGGGGAACACCGGCGCAAGGCCCACUUGCCUGGGUAAGCCGAAGACCCAGCUGCACCUGGUUGCAGCCUCCUGCGCCAGGCUAGUGUCGAGAGGCUUCGGAAGAACUCGUUGUUAUAGAAAUACAGCUGUAGACUGUGCCUGAGACUCUGACAGCUACUAAGAAGCCAGCCAGCACAAGAGGAAAGAAGCAGGAAGGAGGUGGUCCUGUGGUAGAAGAUGAGUAGCACCAGUACAAGAUCCAACUGCCUGACUCAGCCAGUAGUGAAGAGCGUGCUGGUGUAUCGCAAUGGGGACCCCUUCUUUGCUGGACGCAGAGUGGUCAUCCAUGAGAAAAAGGUGUCCAGUUUUGAUGUCUUUCUGAAGGAGGUGACAGGUGGGGUUCAGGCCCCCUUUGGAGCUGUCCGAAACAUCUAUACCCCUCGGGCAGGCCAUCGAAUCCGGAAGCUAGACCAGAUUCAGAGUGGGGGGAACUACGUGGCAGGGGGCCUGGAAGCCUUCAAGAAACUCAACUACCUGGACAUAGGAGAACCAAAGAAGAGACCAAUGGAAGUUGUUAAUUCAGAGGUAAAACCUGUAAUCCACAGUAGGAUCAACGUAUCAGCACGCUUCAGGAAACCUCUUCAGGAGCCCUGUACCAUCUUCUUGAUUGCUAAUGGAGACCUUAAAGGUCCCGCGUCACGCCUCUUCAUCCCGAGAAAAGCCUUGAGUCAGUGGGAGCGUGUACUUGAAAUGGUCACAGAGAAGAUACCUUUAAGGAGGGGGGCUGUGCAUAGACUUUAUACUUUAGAAGGAAAACUUGUCCAAAGUGGGUCAGAGUUGGAGAAUGGACAGUUUUAUGUAGCAGUUGGCAGAGACAAGUUUAAGAAAUUGCCGUACAGUGAUUUACUUUUUGAUAAAUCAGCAAUGAGAAGGCCUUAUGGUCAGAAAGCCUCUUCACUACCACCUAUUGUUGGAUCCAGAAAAUCUAAAGGGAGUGGAAAUGAUCGUCAAUCUAAGUCAACUAUUGGUUCCAGUGACAACUCAUCCCCUCUGCCUCCAAAGAGAAGGGGAAAGAAGGAGGAAGUUUCGAAUUCAGAAAAACCUGGUAAAGUGAAACAAAAUACAAACCCAAAGACUCCACCAACUGUGGUAACACCACCAAACAAUGAUGAAGGCAUUUUCAAAGCCGGAGCAGAGAGAUCUGAAAUGGAGGGGGCAGCAGAAGUACAGGAAGAUGAAGACACUCAAGUUGAGGUUCCAGUCGAUCAGAGGCCAGCAGAAAUAAUAGAUGAGGAAGAAGGUGGAGGGAAGGAAAAUGAGGAUAUAGAAGAAGAGAAGGAAGAAGAGAAGGAAGAUUUAUCAAAAGUAAAUGGUGAUGUUGAAGAAAAAGAAGUUGAAGAAAGUCCUGAACAGGGGAAUGUUGAUCCCCCUAGAGUAAAUGGUGGCACAAAUGAAGAAAAUGGUGAAGAACUGGAUGAAGUUAACAACGAUGAGCGUCAUCAAGAGAAAGACAAAGAGAUAACAUUAGCAAAGGGUGAUGGUGAUGGUGAUGGUCCAAAGGAGGAUGAAUCAGAUGCUCAAAGACCACCAAGGCCUGAAGUAAAAAUCACUAGUCCACAGGAAAAUGAUAGCAAUGAACAAAACAAGGAGUAUGCUGCUGUGGCAUAGAUGCUUAAAAUGUGGAUUAUAAGAAAAAUUAAGGGUUUUAUGUGAUACUUGAAUUCUAAACACUGUUGUUUGUGGUUGUUAUACAUAAUGUGGCAAUAUGGUUGAAUUCUACCUAUAGAAUUUCAAAAUUAUAAUGAAAAAUGGAAAGAAUAAUCACAUUAAUAUCUAUUUCCUCAGCUGGUGUUUUUUUUUUAAAGCCAUCUGAAAGAGUUAAAUGUAAAAAAUUUGGGUGGAGCUUUUCUUGGAAGAAAACUAACUCUUACUUUCUCCUUUGUAAUAGGGUAAUAAUCAUAUCUGGAUAAAUUUUAAUGUGCCCUGACUAGAAUUUUAGUUGUAAGAUUGUUAGAUGACAGAAUAUUUUUAAAAGUCUUAUU